AUGCACUUCCCGCAAUCUGCCUUCGUGAUCCUCGGAGUACUUACACUGGCGCAUCUGGUGUCUCCCCGACAUAUUCGUUCGGCUGAAGUAGAACCGAAAUCUUUGGUAGAUCAACUAGGUGACAAAUUUCCAAAGUCAUUCGAUUUCCCAAAAGACUUUCCCAAAUUCCCCUCUGGAAUCGCCCUUCCACAGUUGGGUCCGUCCAAUCCAAAGCGGGUUUCCGAAACCAAAGUCACCAUUGAGGAUAAAAAAGGUCCAGACGGAAAUUCUCACAGCAAAGUAGUUCACUCCGUCGAU